AAAAUAAAACACCUGUUCUUUUAAAUUGCAGAAAAAAAAUCCUGUUUUAUGAAUUUACAGAAUGAUUCUGUUAUUGCUUUCUGCAAAAUCUUCUUUUUUUCUGUAAAAUCACGUUUUUUUUUAUAGUGUAGAUAGGUCUGUCUGUACAUUGUUUAACAAAAUCUUUCUUUGUUUUAUUGCUACACAGCUCACAGCUUCAAUAUCCUUCAUCUUUGUGAUGCUAUCCAUUAUGUCAUUCUGCAUGGAAACAGCAGAAUCUUUCACCGUCAUCAACAACGGGACGAACGGAGAAGAAUACAGUGAACCCAUCGAAGCGCUCUUCAUCCUCGAAGGCAUCUGCGUGGCCUUCUUCACUAUCGAACUCAUCGUCCGUCUCGUCUUUUGUCCGAACAAAGUCAAAUUCUUCCUCGAAGUCCUGAACAUCAUCGACAUCGUCGCCUGCAUUCCCUUCUACGUCGACGCCGUCGUCAAGAUCGCCGGUGAGCACCUGACCGGGCAGUGGAACGAAAUCCUCGGCUUCAUGAGGAUCGUCCGUAUCUUCCGAAUCUUCAAGCUAGCGCGCCACCUUAGUGGCCUACAGAUUCUCGUGCACACCUUGAAAGCGUCCGCAAAGGAACUUGUGUUGUUGAUAGUGUUCUUAGGUCUCGGUGUCCUGAUAUCCUCCAGUCUUAUUUACUAUGCAGAGCGGUGGGUGGCCCGGGAUGGCCAGAGAAAUGACUUUCAGAACAUCCCGGUGGGGUUCUGGUGGGCCGUUGUCACGAUGACGACGGUCGGAUACGGUGACCUGGUGCCGAGGACGUGGCUCGGGAUGAUCGUCGGUGCGAUCACGGCCAUCAUCGGCGUGCUGACGCUGGCUCUGCCCGUACCGGUAAUCGUCAACAACUUCGCGCUGUACUACACGCACGCGCAGGCCAGAUCAAAGCUACCCAAGAAGCGGAAGAGAGUCUUGGUCGGCGCUGCGGAUGCUUUGAAGACCCAUGGUGCUAACAUCUCGUCGAGUAUCAGUGGUUAUUCCACACAGUCAACCACCGAGGAUGAUGAUGCUAGUAUUAGGAGUGAUGAUAUGCCUUUGAAGACAGUAUCUGGAUCAUUACAAGCCGCGGGAGAGAACAAGAAGGACACCCCAGCACAUCUCUUCACCGCCGCCUCGGCUAAGGGGGAGAAAACCAGCAUCAGCGUCACAUUCACCGACGAGUGCGCUGAAACGUUCGCCAGUCCCAAGAAGACGCGGUCGCCGUCGCCGACAUCGCCCGCGCCGAAGGAGGCCGGGGGAGAAGGGGGCGGCAAGCCCGCGAGGAGGAUGGUGAAGAGGAUGAGCCUUAUGCCGGCGGCGAGGAGAGAGAGCUUCAUGCCGAAUGGUAACAGCGGUCGAACACGAUCGAUACCUCACGGACGUCGACGAUCACGAAUGCCCUCGAUGCCGGAAGUAGAAACGUAACCGGAAGUACUUUGAGAGGUCACACCACUGAUCUGCUUAAACACAGAUCCGUAGGUCACACCUAUCUUAAAUACAAUCGAAACACAGAGAAAGCAUGGUUGUGAAUGUGGUUAUGUAAAGAGAAUCAUAUUGACAGAGGAUAUGCCGACAUAGCGCCGGUAGAGGCGGAAUGGAGUCGACCAAUUUGGACUAGCGAUAGCGGCGAGUCGACCCCUUUUGCUUUUUGGCUGAACAUCGCCAUUUACCAUAGUUAUUGUCUGACCAUGCAGAAACAAUGUGUCAAGAACAAUUUGGCAAAGGACAUGCCGACAUAGCACCGAUGGGUCGGCGGAAUUGGAUCAACACAUAUGGCCUUUAAUGAAUUUGUUGACUCGACUCACUUCGCGUUUUAGCUGAUCAACGCUAAGCAGUUGUCUGACUCGAAAAUAAAAAGAGAGAACGUUCCAGGCUUAUGUAAAUCGCCGUGAGAUACCUAUACGCCUAACAAUAGUUAUUCUAUGACUAUUUUGCGCAUUGGACGCAUGUACAAAAUGCAACGUCGGGAACGUGACGCAAGCUUCGGAUUUUGGCCUAUUUUCCAUAAUAACUGCAAGUCAGUGUGAAAAUAUAUAAAUAUUGAUGAACUACUUGACCGCGUUACGGAGUAAGGUGACAAGAAGAACAAUGGGGGGGGGGGACAUAAAUAAGCCGGUAACAUGGCAGGUUUACAUGGGCUGAAUUUUUUUUGCAGACGACACAGGUUCAAUAUCACCAUGACAACGCUCCUAGAGGGAUCGAUUGACCACGAUAGUCAGGCGGCACGCCAACAGCUGGUAACAAGACUGAUAGAGAUGACUGUUGCCAUGGAUACCGCGUCGGUUGUCGAUCUUUGCCGAGACUAUAGCUCUCCCAAAGGAAACAGAGCUCAAAAGGACAACCAUUUGGUGAGGGAGGGAGAGAGAAUGUCGUUCAUGGGUCAAUAUGUUUUAUAUUUUAUUUUAUAUUUGUCACAUAAUUAUGAUAAUGUUGAUAGGGAUAUAUUUUAUUUAACAGACAGGAUUUUUUAAAGUGUGUUGUGUGUAUGCUGAUAUGAUCUUCCCUUUACUGCAAGAAGGCCUAUAUAGAAAGCUCUGAAAUAAAAACAAUUCUAGAUUUUCACUUCUUUUUAAAUCGUUGACGCUUUUUACGAUUCAUUUUGAGAAAUGCCGAACGUUCGAGCAUCUAGAUGUUCCCCAAGUUGAUCUUUGUCUUGGGAGAAGACACUUGAUUUAUAUCGGAGUAGUCGUCUGGUCGAAAUAUCAUGAACAUUGCCGAACUUUUCCGAGUUAAAGAAAAUCAUCAUCGGUCGCUCGAAGUUUAUACGAGAAAUGACGAUUAUUUCCGAGAAUAAGAUGUUUUAAAUAUGGAACUGCAUACGAUGAAUAUGUCUGAAGAUGUCACCCAAAACAUAAUGAUUUUUUUUAUAAUAAAGACAUUCUUCCGUGCACGCGAUGAUUUAAUUUAGCUCCUUGCUCUCUUUGCCUGAGAAACUAAAGUAUAUUGUUCGUGGGUAAUAUAUUCUAAUGCAAUCACUUAAAAGGUUGGGUCUCGUUUGCUCGGGGAAGUAUAAAAUCUGUCGUUUCCCUGUAAAAUUUAUUAAUUGAUUAAAUUAAUUGAUUGAAUACAAGCAAGUUAUUAAACAAACAUAAUAACAUGCAAUAUACAGCGUCCUUAAAUGCAAGCAAAGUGAUAGCAACAUAAAUAAAUUUAAGAAAUAUUGAUGACAAUUUUAGAAGGCUAUCACCAGAAACGCGCUUACCUUCUUUAGGUAACACGACAUAAUAAUGCCUAUUGCGACAUUUUGCUCCGAUCUAGGGUUAGAUUUAGGAUUGUAAUAUAGAGUUAGGUGUCAGAAUAGAGUAAAGAUAAGGAUUGGGAUUUAUUUAGAUUCGGAGGUGAGGUUUUAGGUUUGGCUUUAUAAAGUGCAAGCAGGUUUUCCAUCGGAGAAAUUGCCGCCGGAGCAAAUGUCACGGAACCGUCCCUGUUACAUGAAAGUUUGUGGUCAAUUAUAACUAAAACAAAAUAGCAUUUGCAAUCGAUUUGGUUGAGUUUAGAUGGCUUCGUGCAGUGGAUCUUAUUCAUUUCAGAAUUCGUAUAAAAAAAGAAAGAAGUAUACC